AUGACAAGUUCGCAUCCAGUAGGAAUGUCUGCACCUUAUUUAAGUGACGGUUUUCUUAUCGGUUUGUAUCAAUUAUCUCCAUAUUGGCAUAUCCCUGAUAUCAAUUACGCCGAACGAGAAGCGUAUGAAAAGUCAACUAGAUUUUUCUUGCCAGUUCCUCGACGUGAACAAUCACUAAAACAUACGGCAGGAUGGGAUAGUAAUGAUUAUCAAAUAGAUAUUUCCACUCAACAUGGUAUUGAUCAGUAUAGACGUUUGAUUGAUCGUUGUUCUCAACUAGGAAUCAAAAGUAUUAAUUUUGCUCCAUCUAAUAAUAAUGUAUCCAGUCGACAAGACUCUACAGAUAUUUGGGGAUGGGAGUCUGUGCUAUUCUUAACGUUAGGACAAAAGAUUCGUUUAGAACAAUGGAAACCUAUUCGAGAUUCUCUUCCACUCUCCGUUGCACAAAUGUUAGAUUAUGCUCGAUCAAAACAAGUCAAAUUAGUUGCAUAUGUUUAUCCACAAUUAGGUUAUAGAUCGAAAGGAAUCGAUCAAGCUUGGUUAUAUUCAAGUUCAAAUUGUAAAGAUAUGUGUGCGUCACUGGCUAGCGUGAAAUUUCAAAAAUAUUUUCUACAAUUAUUGAUCGAUUUUGCACAAGUGACAGAUAUUGCUGGAUAUGCGUGGGAUUAUAAUUUCUUCUAUGAUCCACGAUACAGUGAAUAUAGUUCAUGGCGAGGUUGGCAAUGGAUUCGUACUGAACUACUUCUUGCUUUACCACAUUUAAUCAUGGAUCAUCGUCAAAAUUCACAAAAUGAUGGUCCAUGGUCAUGGGUAAAUUUAAAUGGUUAUACUGCUCCUUUGUUAAUGGAUGAAAAUCCUGAAACAUAUCCUAUUCUCUAUCCAUCGUUGCAUACAGAUAAAAUCUCCGCCGAUUUUAUGCGUCAACAAAAUAGUGAAUUACGUAUCGAACAUUUUGCAUCGAUGGAUUUCAUACCUGGUUUUCUUGCACAUCAAACAGAACGAUAUUUAACAGAUGGAACUUUAUCAUGGCUUGAUAAUAAUGUACGAGAUUUUGAUCUGAUGGGAUUAUCCUAUACAUUACUAUCGAAUAUAGCUACAGCUGGUUUAAAUCCUAUUCAUUCAUAUUUACCAGCAAGAGAUUUAGAGGAAUUCAAUUUAGUACCAAAAGAAUUGCUACAAUUCUGGUCAAAUUGGCUACAAUGGACGGAUGGACAUGUCGAAGAAAUUCGAAAUGGUAUACCAUUUAACAAUGAACAAGAUUGGUCGUUGAUGAAGUUAAAUGGUCUUGAUGGAUUUUUAUUUUUAUUCAAUCCAAACUAUCAACAAAUUAAUAGAACAGUUAUCUUCGAUGGGAAACUGAAUUUACAACAACCUAACAUCAGUGGUUACUGGUUAAUCAAAGAAAUCUAUCCACAGGAGAGAUUUUUAACUAUUAUCAAUUACAAUAUGAACAUGACAUUUUUAUUAGAUGGUCAAAGUGUUACUGUUUAUCAAAUUAUAUUUACAUUAACUGUCGAUCAACCCAUCAUUGUUGGACUUACUGGAAAUGCUUCCAUAGUUAAUGAAACUAUUUUAAAAUUAGAUAAUGUUUGUGGAGAAAGUGGAACUGAAUUAGCACAUGAGAUAGUUAUUAUCUUACCUAAUGAAAGAUUGAUUGCAAAUGUUUAUUUAAACGGAAUAGAGAAGAAAUUUCAGCAGAAAGGUCAAUUUAUUUGGUUGACUGAAUUUGUAUCAUUUCCUGGUUUAUAUUUACCACGAUCUGCUCAAGUUCGAAAUAACACAAUUAUUAUCAGUGAUUUAUUAUUACAACAAUUACGCAAACGUCAAUCUGAUUAUCCUAUUCGAUGGUCUGAAAAAGAAUUGAACGAUGCAUCAUGGUUAGGACCACAUCGUCUUUUAUUAUUUAUUUGUAUUCUCAAUCCUAAUGAUCAGUGGCAAAUAACUGCCCAAAUUAACAAUAAUCCUAUUGUCGUACAUAAAGGAUAUAAUACUCGUGAUCAUAUUGUUAGAGAUCGUUUUAUGGGAUUUUACAUGGAUUUAACUAAUAUUGUCACGCAAGCAAAUGUAGAAUAUCACGUGUCAUUAGAUUUACCUCAACUUGAUCCUGGACAGUAUCAAGGAUUAUUUUUAGAAAACAUUGAAAGAAUUCUUGUUCCACCACAAUAA